AUGUUUGUAUGCUUUGUAUCGAGCAAAACUGACAGUAAUUUCUCGCCUACCAACUUAUUAACGACCCGGGUCGGACCCUGUCCCGAUGUUGGGAAUACAGUGGUCUCAGUUUCUGAAAUGAGUUUGAGUACGAGGCUCCACGACUCGUCAUUGAGUGGCGAAGUGAAUAUUUCACGAAAUAUUGAAGAUGGUUGGACAGUGAAGGCGCUGAUGCAGAAAUGUCAGGACAUCCGUAACUUGGACACGUGUGACUAUUUGAAGUCGUUUCCGGUGAUAAAGGACGGCUGCAACCAUAACGACGCUGACAGAGUGGAGUUUUAUACAUUGCUCUUCAACCGAUCUCGACCAAGCAUUUCAUGUCCAAUAAAGGCGGGUAUUUACAACAUAACGGACUACCCUAUAUUUAAUCAAGAUAAUUACUUAGCCGUGUCAGAGGCGAAGAUUUCCACCAGCAUCUUUGGGUACACGUUCCGUUUGGAGGGGUUCAGCAAGUCAAUAAAGAUGUUUUGCAUAGAAGCUUACCUACAGUUGGUGUACAUCAGGGAGCACAAUUUUGACCACUUCCGUGACGUUACUACCGACGAGCCUUUCAGUGAAGAGGAGCGAGUGGGGAGUGACGAAAAGUGA